AGGCUUUAAAAACCCCCAAACCUAUCGGCGCUUGAACUAAAAGAGAUCUUUACUCAGUACCCUGUUGACCGUGUGUCGUGUAUCGCGUGAAAACACCUCAUUCCGAAGUGUACAGACUUAAAGUAGAUACGUUUACAAUGAAUUCCUCCAGUGCCAUAGGAUUACUUCUAGUUGGAUUGGCUUUGAUUCAAAGGAGUGGCGGCUUUCCGGACGGUGCUCCGGCUGAUACCUGCGUCAAAAAACGCGCCAAUCAACCCAACCACGGUCAAGCCCGACCACAACCUUUGAAUACAAAUCCCUUUGAAGUUGUUGCAAGUGCGGAAAGCUUCCAUCCUGGACAACAAAUCACAGUUGUAAUCUACCCCUACGAUAACCGUCAUGUGUUCCGUGGAUUCUUCAUUCAGGCACGUGAUGCAGUGACCAACGAGUGGAUCGGUGAUUGGGAACACAGUGAGAACACCAAAGGCAUUCCAGAGUGUUCGGCCAUUACUCAUUCCGACAAUCGGGAUAAACUGGGAGCCAAGUUAAUUUGGAGAGCGCCACAGCACAAAAGAGGACGUGUAUAUUUCACGGGAACUGUACUUCAAGAAUACGGAACGUUUUGGAGUGACAUUGUUGGGAAAGUUCAAUCUCCAGCCAAACACUAAAAUAUUUUCUCUUUUUUUUUAUUUACUUUAAGUUUACAUUAUAAAUUAACU